AUGGCCACUCCUAGCAUCUCUGUUCGUUGGACCAAGCUUGUGGCGGCCUCUCGCCUUUGCCGUUCUUCGCAUAUCUUGUCGGCCAAUGCCUCCAGAGUCUUGAUCUUUGGCGGAGAACUCCUGCCCCGGCAACCCGUGGACAGCAACGUCGAUCAAAUUGACGUGGAUGCAGACUUCAAAGGCAAAGUCAAGACGCUUCCUGCUCCGGAUAAUGCACCCUCCGCACGUGUUGGCUCAGCUAGUGCCACCGUUGAUGGCAGCAUCUGGCUGUUUUCUGGACGCGGAGGUCUAGCCAUGGACGCAAUUGAAGAAAAUGGAAGCAUGUGGCGAUAUGAUGGCACCAGCUCUACCUGGCAGCAAAUUUCCGCCAAAUCUGCAACCUAUCCCGUGUCCCGCAGCUACCAUGCAAUGGCAUUUGACGGUGAGAAAACUAUAUAUCUUCACGCAGGUUGUCCAACCCAGGGACGUCUCUCCGAUCUAUGGGCUUUCAAUACUGAGACUCUUGUUUGGACUGAGCUCCCCUCUGCUCCUGGACCUGCACGCGGCGGUACAUCAAUCGCCUUUUGCGAAGGCAAGCUUUAUCGCAUGGGUGGCUUUGACGGGAAAUCGGAGCAAGGAGGCGAGGUUAACAUUUAUGAUACUGCCUCUCAAGAGUGGCACACUACUGCAUUCACCGCUGAUGGUGUCCAAGGACCAGAGGCGCGCAGUGUAGCAACGCUUCUAGCAGUCCAGUUACCAGGAAACGAAAGUGCACUGGUUACCAUGUUUGGAGAGCGGGAUCCCUCAUCCCUUGGUCAUGCUGGAGCCGGAAAGAUGCUGAGCGAUGCAUGGGUUUUCAAUAUCAAAUCCUCAGCAUGGAGCAAGGCCUCAUUCUCUGGAGAGAGUCCAGCAGCCCGAGGAUGGUUUGCCGCAGAUGUUCUGAAGCAACAAGAGGGGGAUGCGGUAAUUGUUCAUGGGGGCCUUGCAGAAGACAACACUAGAUUGGGAGACGCAUGGAGGCUGGAUUUUUUGUAA